AUGAUGGGUGACAGGGAGGUUCCAUUGAACGCAAAUUGGACAUCGUUCUGCGCAGCGGUAACUAAGUUCACAGUAUGCGGCCAGAGAUAAACUUUUCAAUAAAUUCGAUAAUUUGAAUCUUCCAUUGUCAUGGACACAGCUGAGGUUAACCUGCAAGUCAUAAACACACAUUAUCAGAGGGCUUUUGACUGCCUCAACACGGGGCUUUCAGAGGAUGAGGCAGGACACAAGGCCACUGCGCUGAUGUUCUAUAGGCUGGGACGCCAGCACCUCCUUCAAGGGCUUGAAGUCCCCACCCAUGGAGAGACAUGUGUUGGUGCCGCCUGGGAAUCGGCGAGGCAGAUGCAGCUGAAGAUGAACGAGACACUGAGCACUAUCACGACACGCUUGGCCAUAUUAGAGACGACACCCACACAGGAGAAUGCCGGAGGCCAAACCCAGCACCUUUACCCAGCCUUGCCCGUCAUACAGACAGACUCCACGCGCAGUGCAACAGCAGUCCCUGCCCGGAGCCUGUAUCCAAACCUGCCUCGGAUAGAGGAGCCGGCACCUCCAGGAGCCGCCCUGUCAGAAAACCUGCUGGGUGCAGGUGAAGUCUCUUCUUUGCCUGUCUCUCCUGUGAUGGCGCUGGGGGUACCGGGAGACCAGCCCCCUGCCUACACUCCACAACCCUCUGAUGGUCACCUCUCCCUCUCCCAUGGCACAGACAAGGGGGUGAUGUCUGCACCGGACGACUGGGAGCUAGUGGACAGACCACACGUCACACAGAGUCAAGAGAUCAACGGCGAGGAGCUCUUUCACUUGGCCCAGGGAGUACAGAUUUUCUUUGUCGCAGCAGAUGGCCAAGUCAGUGCUCCUUCCUACCCGGGUUUUUUGCGUAUAAUUGUAUGUACCAGGAACCAGCAUACGGAUCCCUCUCAUCCUCCUGCAUACUUACAGGUAUGCAACUGGCUCUACCCACUGUACGCCGACUUACCUGUCCUCCUGAGUAACACAGGCGUGUUCACAUUCCCCGACACCACCGCCAACACACCUGGUUCCUACGUGGGCGUGGUGCUUUCCUCUGGGCUGCCUGCGUCAGAUCGAGCACGCUUUCACCAACAUUUGUCCCAACUUACUCUUCUCAGGGUUCAGACUGCAGAUGAGAAUGCUGCAGUGGAGGCCAUUGACCUGGGUGAGAAGAUUCCCAUAGGACCUGCAGCAGAGGGGAAGACCUUGCCUGAGUGGAGUGACAAGUUGGCUCAGAACAUCCUUGCAGGGGCAUCUUGGCUGGGCCGUGGGCUGGUGAAGGGAGGGAACUAUGCCGGGAAGGCGAUCCACAAAGGAGCGUCCUCGCUGCGGGACCACAUGACCCCACGGGAGGUGCCUGCUGAGGUCAGCCCCAAAGUCAGCAAGGGACUGAACGCCACUAAGGAGGCCACUGGCGGCGCUGUCAAAGUCAGCCAGUUCAUUGUGGAUGGUAUAGCUACUGUGGCUGAUAAGGUUGGGAAGGAGUUGGCACCUCAUGUGAAGAAGCAUGGCAGCAAGCUGAUUCCAGAAUCACUGAAGAGGAACAAAGAUGGCCACUCAAAUAUGGACGGAGCACUAAUGGUUGCCUCAAGUAGUAUACAAGGAUUUUCAACUGUGUGGACGAGUAUGGAGACAGCAGCAAAAAACAUCGGGAAAAGUCUAGCUUCAGAGACUGUUCAAACUGUCAGACACAAGUAUGGGGAUGAUGCAGGAAAGGCAGCAGACACCACUGUCAAGUCUGUUGUCAACGUGGGCGUCGCUGCAUACAACAUUGACAACAUUGGUAUCAAGGCAGCGCUGAAAACUACUGGAAAGCAGACAGCAAAGGCCAUGGUAAAGAAGGAGGGGAAUGGUGAGAAGCAAAAGGAGGAUGGCAAUAAUAAGGCACAUAGUAAGGAAAAAUAAUACCCACUACUCAGCAAUCAUUGAUUUUCUGUGGACAUUUGGGAAUUCUAUACUUAUGUCUUUGCCGUUGCAUUAUUGACUCUCUGGGUAAUUUCGGUUGACUCGAACCUUCCCAAGAGUACUAAGCCUACAUUGAAAUAUAUUUUUUUAGUUUAUGCAUAAUUUAUCUGUUUAUUUCACUACUCAACUAAUUCACAAUAUCUGAACAUUUGUAUCGACACUUCUCUUCACUGGGAUUUGUUCAUUUUUAAUACAAUAAAAUUAUU